CUAUUCCAUUCCCAUCAUUCGUGAUUCAAAAUGGCGGCGCCCACUAGCAGAUGACGGACGGAUGAAUGUUUACAAACUUUGUUGGACCGUGUUUAGUGAUCACACAGUUUUGAUGAUCUAGAUUUAACUGAGAGACGUAUAAGACAGGAUGGCGGGCCGAGGUCGGGGCAGAGGGGGCCACCGCGGACUGUCGUUCGACCCCGGCGCGUUAGGGUUUGGCAGAGGAGAGGGUCUCCCCCCUCCCACCCUGCAGCCACCGCCGAUCUAUCCCCCCCUGGAGUUCAAGCCUGUCCCCCUACAGGAAGGGGAGGAGGCUAACUACCUGCUGGCACUCAAACAGGAGUUCCGUGGAUCCAUGAGGGAGUCUCCGUACUUCAUCAAACCUCAGAGUGCCAAGAAAGAUAUUGAACGGUACUCAGACAAGUACCAGCUAAAUGGACAGAACAAAAGGCAGGGCCUCGGCUGGACACCAGAUUGGAACACUUUUCCCAAGGAGCUGAGAAUUAGAGAGAAGAAACCCAAGAGAUUAAAGCUCUCCGUAAAACCUUCAUUGUCAGGGACCAAGCUCAAGGUCAAAGGACAAAAAGGUGAUGCAAAGGAGGCAGAGAACAAAUUAAAGCAAAUCCUGCAGGCUGAGGAGGAUGGAGAGGAUGAUGAUGAUGAAGAUGAUGAGGAGGAGGAAAAGAAGAAGAAGGAGGCUGAGGGUGAGGAGGAGGAAGAGGAGGAGUUGUAUGAUGAGGAAGACAUCGAGGAGGGGACUGACUAUGCCUUGUCAUACUUUGACAAUGGAGAGGACUACCUGGAUGCUGAUGAUGAUGCUCUGGAAGAUGGUCCAGUAUAUUAACAACUGACUCCAGUGCAGAUAUGGGCACACGGUGUUGAUCGAAUUUUUGGGACAUAGAAAGGCCUUUGACUUUGUAUUGAGGUGAAGGUCUGAGAAUGACGGUUCUGAUUUGAGUUGUACAGAAUUUGACGACCAGAUAUGAAAGAAAAAGAACAAUGAAGUAAAAAAUGAUUCUGCAGCUGAUACAUGUACUGCUGUCUGAAGCAGUUUCUGAAGUAUUUAAUUUUGGACAUGUGGAUGCAACAUGUAUUUAUCACAGCUGCAUGGAGAAAUUCAGGGGAGCAGUUGCAGAAUGCAAUUUGCCAUCUUCUGCCUCUCAAAGACCAAAUAAAGCAUUUUGGCAAUGCCUUAAUUG